GGCACGCUGCUGGCACACUCCCUGCUGCCGCUGGGUUAUUACCUUGGUAUGUGCUUUGCUGCACCUGAAAAACAUCUUUACUUUUUCUACCUGGCUUCAAAAGAAUGGAAAACUUUCUUCUUCCUCGCAGUUCUCCUUCCAGCAGUCACCAGUGCCCUGGCAUAUUACUGGUCACGGAAAGGUUGGAGUAAUCACCCAUUAGCCCGAUUACUUGCUGUUCAUGCUCUCCCACAGUCGGGCUGGAGAGCAGUAGCCUCCUCCAUCAAUACAGAAUUUAGGAGAAUCGACAAAUUUGCUACCGGAGCCCCAGGAGCAAGGGUGAUCGUUACGGACACGUGGGUGAUUAAAGUGACCACCUACUGUUUACAUGUUGCCCAGCAGCAGGACAUUCAUUUGACAGUGACAGACUCCAGACAGCAUGAACUCACCCCGGACUCAAACGUGCCUGUGCAGUUCCUCACCAUCCGAGUUGCCAGUAUUAAUCCCUACGUGAAGGCAUUUGAUAUCCGGUUGAACUCCACAGAGUAUGGAGAGCUCCGAGAAAAGCUCCGUGCACCUAUCAGCAAUGCAGCUAAUGUUGUGAUCCAUCAAAGCCUUAGUGAUUUAUUUUUAGAAACCUUUACAUCUCUGGUGGAAAUUAACCAGACAUAUCGUGUUCCAAGCACUCAGGAGCUGGAGCCAUGCAUAGGGUGCAUGCAGACUAUUGCUAACAUCAAGCUGGUCAAGAGCUGCCAGGAGCCAAAUGAAGGGGAGUGCCAGCAGUGCUACUGUCGCCCCAUGUGGUGCCUCACCUGCAUGGGCAAAUGGUUUGCCGGCAGACAAGACCAGCAGCACCCAGAGACCUGGCUGUCGAGCCAAGUGCCUUGUCCGACUUGCAGAGCCAAAUUUUGCAUUUUAGAUGUUUGCCUAAUACGGUGAAUAGUACUUGUGUAUGUUUUAACUUUUUUAAUGUAUUUCAUAGUGGGUUUGGUUAAAAGCCCCUACUAGAUUUGUUUCUGAGACUUCUACGAGGGUGCAGACACCAAAGCUUUCUUCUACAGUGUUGAAAACAGAUGUAAGUAUUUUCAGUUCCUCUCCACUGUUACCUAUAUCUUUGGUUUAUAUUCACCUGAUGUCAGUUUCUGGAUUUUUAAAUUUUUUUAAACCCAUUUUUUGCUUUCUUAUGUCUUAGAUGGAAUGAGGUUCUCUUUCUAUAUUUGCAGUACCAUUCUCUUUGCAAGUUUUGACGUAGGUUAAAUUCUUUACAUUUUUAAAUUUAGCUUGGGUUUUGAUUCUUUAAUAAAGGGCUAACUGA